CACGCCGAUCUAUAAAGCACUCCGCUCGGCCUGCCUCAGCAACAUCUCCGCUCGGACCAGAGACCAGCCACCGCCAAAAACCAGGAAAACUAGCCGACACCAUGGCACUUCGCACUGGAUUAUCCUCCCUGUCGCUCUCCUCGGUGCCCUCCUUCUCAUCCACCAAACGGGGUACGAGCAUGUACGGAGGCGCAGGGGGGUCACAUGUGAAAAUUUCCUACCCGACCAGACCACUCGCAUCAGGGUUCGACUUGUCCUAUGCGCUGCAAGGAGGCGGCAGUAUGGACAACGUGGGCAUCGUCGGUAGUGAGAAGUUCACUAUGCAAAACCUCAAUGACCGUCUGGCCGCGUAUCUGAAGAAGGUGCGCUCACUGGAGGAUGCCAACGCCAAAUUAGAGAAGCAAAUCCGGGAGUGGUACGAAAACCAAACCCCCACUGUCCGGGACUACAGCAAGUACGAGGCCAUCCUUACUGACCUGCGCACAAAGAUCGCCAUUGCCACACAGGACAAUGCCAGGCUCAUGCUGCAGAUUGACAAUGCUAGACUGGCCGCAGAGGACUUCAGAGUCAAGUAUGAGAAUGAGAUGGCUCUCCGUCAGUCUGUGGAGGCAGACAUUGCUGGUCUUCGUAAAGUACUGGAUGAGCUCACCGUGGCCCGGUCCGAUCUGGAGAUGCAGGUGGAGGGUCUCAAAGAGGAACUGGUCUACCUCAAAAAGAAUCAUGAAGAGGAAAUGGCAGCCUUGCGUAGUCAGGUGGUUGGCAGCUCUGUGAACGUGGAGGUGGAUGCUAAACCUCAGGAGGACCUAAGCAGGAUCAUGGAUGAGAUCCGAACCCAGUAUGAGGCCAUCACCGAGAAGAACCGCAGAGAGAUGGCAGAGUGGUACAAAGUCAAGUUUGACACCCUGAACAAGGAAGUGGCGAGCAGCUCAGAGUCCCUCCAAGUAUCCCGCACUCAAAUCAAUGACCUCAAGAGGACGCUGCAGGGCCUCCAGAUUGAGCUACAGUCUCAACUCAGCCUGAAAACCGCUCUGGAGGAGCAGUUGCGUGAUACCGAGUCACGCUACAGUCUGCAGAUGAGCCAGCUUCAGAGCAUGGUGGAUUCUGUGGAGCUCGAGCUGGGCCAGGUGAAGUCUGACAUCGAGAGGCAGGGCAGAGAGUACCAGAUGCUCCUCGACAUCAAGACCAGAUUGGAGCUGGAGAUUGCAGAGUACAGGAGGCUGCUGGAUGGAGAAGAAGUGACGUAAGAGAACAAUCGAUGUAUAAUUAUAAAAACUGAUAAUGGCUUGUUGAAGUUUAGUGGCAGAGUGGUUAGUGCACUCAGUUUAAAGUAUGUUUAAAGCUGCUAGUCAGUGUUCAACUUGGAUUCAGGUAGUUACUCUGAUGUCAUAAUAAAAUCAAUAUUUAGUAACUAUGACAAGGAAUGUGAAUCUGCAUGUUAUAAAGUUUAUUGUCUAUUAAAGGUUCCUAUUUUAAUAUAAUUACACAACAGAAAAGUUUGUCUUAAAGGCCCAUAUUAUGAUAUUUUCUGAUCUAAUGUUGUUUCCUCAUCAAAAAUAUACCUGGAGUUGUGUUUUGUUUCAUUCACACAUGGUUAACACACAAACCCUGAAUAUUUAGGCUGACUAUUUCAGCACUGGAAUUGCCCAUUUCUACUGAACUAAAGGCAAAAGGAGGCUGUUAACUUGAAAACUACCACCACAUGACAUCACUGGGUGGAACAGAGCAAUUUGAACUUUGGAGAUGUAGACAGACUAAUGAUAAAGGAAGAUGUGUGAAUAAAACCCAACUCCCCGUAUGCUUUUGAUAAGGUAAUAACAUUAUGAAAUUACGUAAAGCUCAUAAGAAUUCAUUUGAUGUAAUAUGAGACCUUUACCUUUUUGAUCAUAAUAAUUUUGAUGUAAACCUGAAACCAGUAUACUAAUAUAUUUUCUCUCUUCUACUUUUAACAGAAAAGUAAAAAGUGAGCCGGUUAUAACUCAAAGAACAGUGGUAUUGAUUGAAGAACUCGUCAAUGGAAAGGUAGUGUCCCGCAGAGAGGAGCGCAGCAACGCUCAACUGUAGUUUUGCUUAUUGACAACACUGAAUAAGAAAUAUCCAAAAGAUAAACUGAUAAACUUUGAACCUGUAUAAUGUUUUGAUGUCAUCUGAAACCCAGCAACAAUGGGUGGGUUUUUAUGUGUAUAACCAAAAAAAUUGAGACCCAUAGAAGGCAAAAGAAGUCAGUGCUGAAAUGAUUACAGUUUAACAAUGGAUAGCACUGUGUGUUGGUUAAGAGCAAAAUUGAAAAGCUAUUAAAGUAAAUGUAAAAUUAAAUUCUAAUUUAUUUCAGAAUUAUGGAUGAAAAACAUGGAGAUUUGUUGAAAAUAAUAAAUAUGUUUUGUCAAUAA